AUGACAGGUGAUUCUGUUCAGCAUUUCACCUUUGGCAACGAUAAACCGCGAGGGAGCGGUAAUGCAGCCAAGCAGGGCGGUCAGAACAACGGCAACAGGAACCAGAAUGGUAAUAAAAAACAGGAUGGCAACCAGAAUGGCAACCAGAAUGGCAAUCGGAAUGGCAAUCGGAAUGGCAACCGGAAUGGCAACCGGAAUGGCAACCAGAAUAACAACCAGAGCAACCAGAGCAGCCAGAAUGGCAACAAAAACAACCAGAACAGACAGAGCAACCAGAAUGGCCAAGCCCAACCGCGCACCGCAUCGAACCAGGACCGGCCUAAAAGCGCAGCACAACAACAAUCCGUCGAUGCUGCAAGUACGCGCAAUCCCGUUUCCAGCGACAGCCCACCGUCAGCUACCACUGCAACGCACUCUCCCACGACAAGCGCCCUUGGCGCUGCAAAUAAUGCCAUGGGCAGCACCGAUGACGGCGGUCUAAGUGGCGGUGCGAUUGCUGGGAUUGUGGUCGGGAGUGUAUUGGGUCUUUUACUUCUUGCCUUUAUUGCGUGGUUCCUUGGCCGCCGCGCCACGAAAUCGCGCGAAGAAGCCGUGCAGAAUGCGAGUGGACCACCCAUGUACAGCCAGGGCGGCGAGCUUGUAACACACCCCACCACACAAAACACGAGUGAAUCGUUCCCCAACAGUGUAUAUGAUUCAUAUGCCCAGCCUUCCGAGCCAGCGCCGUUUGAUUAUUUCUACAUGGCGCAGCCUGCCGCGUCCGCAGACACGAGCCAGCUCACGCAGCGCGAUCCCAUGGCCAUGGACGGCUAUGCUCAGCAGCCAGGUUCCGUAUUCACUGCCCCUCCUAUUGUGUAUGAUACGCUUGUGCCUGGCCAAGCGCUCACUUCGAAUGCAUCCCUACAGACAGGCAGCAAAGACGCAUCGGCCUACCGCGGCGGCGCUCAACGACGGCCGCGCAUGAAACGCGAGGUCAGCGACAUGCCAAUCACGCCGAGCAGGCGUACAGACAGGUACUAUGCCAGCGGCCAGGAUAUUACGCCGCGCAGCUGGCCAAGCGCCGACGAUGUGAGUGACGAGAAAUAUGCAGACGACGUGAUUGCGGACUAUGCCGAGCUCGAGCCAGCGCCGAAGCGUGUGCAUAAGAAUCGCACGCGCAGGCGGCCGCGCGAAAGGUCUCGCGCUCCAGUGCCGCAGACGCCUGUGGGCGACGGAUCCCUUGAAGUCUCUACGAGUGGAUCCUACGACCUGGACGACUCCAUGUCGGAGCUGCCGUACACGCGAGCGCGUCGUAAGCCGCCACGCAACCUCGUGCCUACAUACGACAUCAACCAAGAGGCGUCCUACGCCGCCGACGCGCUGCGCGCGCGCGACGCCGACAAUCUAUAG